AACAGAACAUACCCAGAAACCGUGUUUCCUCCGCGGAAAACGUUUUGCCGUUUGGACAAGAGAUAAAACCCAAAAUCUGCAGUCUUAAGUAAGAAAAAGAAUUAAACAACCUGUCCAUAGCGAAAUACGCCAGCGUAGCAAUAUUAAAGGACUCGCGUCUGUGGGACCCCAAAAGUGCCACCAGGGCUUCGUCUAAUGCCGCGUGGCAAUUGCUCGAACAAGAUUCAUUGAGAAUCUAGGGGCCUUUGGUUCUCUAUAGACACGUUGUUACUUGUUCCCACAUUACAGAAUCUCUCUUGAUUUCACUUUUUCUUUUCCUUUUUUUUUUUCUUCUUCUUCUUUUGAUUUGAAAAUCUUAAAUUCAAUAUUAGUAACUCAAACAGAAGACAAAAGAGAGCUCAUACUUUUUUUUAACAAUUUUAAUUUUGUUUUUUUUUUCCUUGAUUGCGAACAUCAAAUCUUAGAUUCAUUUGUUAUUGGUGGAAGUUUUUCUCUUUUUAUUUUUUUAUUUUAAUGCAAAUAGAGUUUGUUUGAAUCGGCCUUAGGGUUUCAAUCGAUCGUCUCUUCCGCGUACUGGUUACUCGUAAGCUAUAAAUUUUUCUAAUUAUGUGUUUUUAUAUUAAUUAGAUUAGCAUUUUACAGGAAUUUAAAUCUUAUUUUUAUUUAUUUCUUUUUUUGUGUUUCGCUGUCGUUCUAUUUGGCACUUGUCCUGUUCACUACUGUUUACUUUUAUUUUGUAAGUUUGGUAUUUAUUCUCUUUUUAACUUUACUAUUUUUCUAGCUAAUAAGUUGCUGAGGUAAUGAGUUUGUGAGCUUAUUAGAGAUAUUCAUAUUUUACAGUUCAUAAUGACUUGAUUCCUUGCCUUGUCUUUGUUGACAGGUGCUCUGUUAGAGGUUUGGAUCUUUCAUUUGUGAGUGUGUAGUGGCAAGUAUUUUCAGUUUCAUGCUCAUUUUUAGGUCAAGUGUUAUUUGAAAUAUAGAUUUUGCUAGAUAAUUUUGUUGAAAAUAAGUUUCCAGGACAGUCAUCGGUACCAUAUUAGUUUAUGCUUUAAUAGUAAAGGUUGCUCAGCUUGAAGAAUAUGACUCGGCGAUUGAUCUCUUUUAGAAUGAGGAAAAAAUAAGUUUGGAAGAAUGGAUGAUGAUAUAGAAAUUCAGAUGUUACUUCCCGGUUGGAACAAUCCAACCGAGUCUCGUAUUUUUAUUUUCUCUUGCUUUAUUGCUGCUUUGGUUGGGAUUUUAACCAUAGCUUACACGGCAUUUCAAUGGAGAAGAAAUAUUAAUCUAAGUUGGAUGAAAGCUAUAGCUAGAUCAAAGAAAAAUCCCAAAGCAAGGCAUAAGGUUCCUGUUGCCCCACAUGAUUGGGUGCUUGAAUCUGUUUCUCGUGGAAAGAAUCUAAGUUGUUGUGUAUGUUUCAAGUCUAUGUGUCCUUCUCAAACACUUGGGCCUAUGGUUGCAUCGGAUAGUUUUAUUCACCAUUGCAGCAUUUGUGGUGCUGCUGCUCACUUAAGCUGUUCUCCAAUUGCGCAUAAGGAUUGUAAAUGUGUAUCUAUGAUUGGUUUUGAUCAUGUUGCGCACCAAUGGGCUGUUCGAUGGACAGAGAUUACUGAUCAACCUGACGAAACUUCAUUUUGUAGUUAUUGUGAAGAGCCAUGUACUGGGUCUUUUCUUAGUGGAUCUCCCAUAUGGUGUUGCUUGUGGUGCCAACGACUUGUACAUGUCGAUUGUCAUGGUAGUAUGUCUAGUGAAACUGGUGAUAUUUGUGAUUUAGGCUCAUUUAGAAGGCUGAUUCUGUCUCCACUUCAUGUUAAGGAACUAAAUUCAUCAGGUGGUUUUUUGAGUUCUAUCACACAUGGAGCAAAUGAGAUUGCUUCGUCAGUGCGUGCCAGUAUUAGGAGUCAGAGCAAGAAGUACAAGCAUGGUAAUGAAUCCUCUGUUGACACAGGUAACAGUGGUAGCACUUGUGACAUGUCCACAGAAAGCACAGCUGAUGCCUGUCCUACAAUAAAUGGUUCUCACAGUGUGGAGGAAAAUUGUAAUGGUAGCUUGAAUGUGGCUAGUCCUCGCAAUGGGACCACUGUGGAUAGGAUGGACUCAAAACCUAGUUUUAAAAGAAGUGGGUCAGUUAAUCAGAAGGAUGAAUCUCAGAUAUUAGGAAUGAAGCAAAGAUAUGAAAUAAUUGAUUUGCCUCCUGAUGCAAGACCAUUGUUAGUCUUCAUCAACAAGAAGAGUGGAGCUCAGCGUGGGGAUUCUCUCAGGCAGCGAUUGAAUUUUCUUUUGAAUCCUGUUCAGGUAUUUGAGUUGAGCUCAACACAGGGGCCAGAAGUUGGCCUUUACUUUUUUAGGAAGGUUCCUCACUUCAGAGUUCUUGUGUGUGGGGGAGAUGGUACUGUUGGCUGGGUUUUGAAUGCCAUAGACAAGCAAAAUUUUGUUUCUCCUCCACCUCUAGCUAUUCUUCCUGCUGGAACUGGCAAUGAUCUUGCUAGAGUGCUAUCCUGGGGAGGUGGUUUGGGCUCAGUUGAGAGACAAGGGGGGCUUUGCACAUUGUUACAGCACAUAGAGCAUGCUGCAGUAACCAUUCUUGAUCGGUGGAAGGUAGCUAUUGUCAACCAUCAGGGAAAGCAACUUAUGUCACCUAAAUUUAUGAACAACUAUCUCGGAGUUGGGUGUGAUGCAAAGGUUGCACUGGACAUCCACAAUCUUCGGGAGGAAAAUCCAGAGAAGUUUUACAACCAGUUUAUGAACAAAGUUCUUUAUGCAAGAGAAGGUGCUAGGAGUAUAAUGGACAGGACAUUUGCAGAUUUUCCAUGGCAAGUUAGAGUUGAAGUGGAUGGUGUGGAAAUAGAAGUUCCUGAGGACGCAGAGGGUGUACUUAUUGCUAAUAUUGGAAGUUAUAUGGGUGGUGUAGACUUAUGGCAAAAUGAGGAUGAGUCCUAUGAUAACUUCGAUCCACAAUCUAUGCAUGAUAAGCUACUAGAGGUUGUGAGCAUUUCUGGAACAUGGCACCUUGGGAAGCUUCAGGUGGGUCUUUCUCGUGCUCGAAGACUUGCUCAAGGACAGUCAAUAAAGAUACAGCUUCUUGCUCCAUUGCCAGUACAGAUUGAUGGGGAGCCUUGGUUUCAGCAGCCAUGCACUUUGGCUGUAUCCCAUCAUGGGCAGGCUUUUCUGUUAAAGAGGGUAUCUGAGGAACCUCUUGGUCAUGCAGCUGCCAUAAUUACUGAUGUGCUUGAAAAUGCUGAAAGUAACCAUGUAAUUAAUGCUUCACAGAAGCGAGCACUUCUUCAAGAAAUGGCAAUUAGGCUGGCUUAAAUCCUCCCUGGUUGCCCAUAUGAACCGUGGCUUUGGUAAUGGUCCAUGAAAAUGUUGAGCAUUUUACAUCAUCGAUUGCAUCUCUUCAUACAAAUGUCUUGAUGUUUUGGUGUUUAACAUGGUGCUUUUAGCCGAGGUAUGUUUGUAAAUGAACUCAAUUUAAUAGUCUGCCCCAUGUUGAAAAUUAAAAAGGGGGGGAAUUUUGGUUCUCUUUGGAAAGAAAUAUAGAAGCAUGACAAGGAAAAAAGGGUGAAAUUAGCAUUCCUUGUUUUUGGACCUUUUGAGGUAGAAGUAGCUUUCAGGUACAAUUAUGGCCGGGUUAUCUCUUACAUGUUAUCCAACACAUCAUAUCUCAUGUCACAUGUGAGAUGGAGAGUUUGAAUGAACAGAUAAUGAAGUGAUCUCUGGUUUGCAUCGUUA